AUGGAAUCCUAUUCUAAGAAAAGAGCUAUUGGACAUGAUAUUGAUGGUAUUCGACCUUCUAAAAUCCCACUCUCAACCUUUCCAGAGGUUAAUAUUCAAUUUUCAUUAAUUUCAAAGGAAUUACCAUUAUCUGAAAAAAAUUGUCUGGUUGUAUGUAUGCCUAGUUCUGGCUCUUUUGAAUAUCAUCCAAUUUUUGAAUCUAUAGAUAAAUAUUUGGAUGGAAUUUUGAAAUCAAGUAUUCAGAAAGCCAUUGAUGCAAACUUAUUUGCUUCUGAAUGUUCAGCUAUUUCAAUAAAUUUACCUCCUAGUAUGCCAUAUGAAUCAUUAAUUAUUGUCUCUACUGGAACCAAUUUGAAUCUAUCAGCAAAUUUUUUUGUAAAACUAUCUAACACUUUACAGAGUCAUAUUUCCCAAUAUCAUAUAAAUUCCGCAAUGAUUGCUAUACCAUUUGAAACAAAGUCAGGAAUUCUCUUAAAUUUCCUAGCUGAUUUAAUACUUAAAACUAUUGAAGAUAAUCGUUUUAAGGGUAUCCAAUUCCAUGCUAAAAAUAAAAAUAGAAAGUUUGAAGAUAUUCACUUACUAGUAAAUAAUGAACAAAUUCUAAGUGAGUGUAAUUCAAAGAUUUCAUCUAUAACUGCUACUGCUACUGGAUUACUGUUUGCUAGAGAUUUAACCACAGCUCCUCCAAAUUACUGUAAUCCUGUUAAUAUGGCUCAUGAAAUUUUAGAAAUGGCGAAGAAAGUAGGUCUAUCACACAAAGUUCUAAAUACUAAAGAAUGUGAAGAAUUAGGAAUGGGAGCUUAUAUUGGUGUAUUACAAGGUAGUAAGUAUCCUGCCCAAUUUGUACAUCUACAUUAUAAACCUGAAGGACCAAUUCAUCACAAGUUAGCCUUUGUUGGUAAAGGUAUUACUAUGGAUACUGGAGGUUACAAUCUUAAAUCUCAUCCUAAUAUCCAAUAUAUGAAAAGUGAUAUGGCAGGAGCUGCUGCUGUUUUUGGUUCUGCAUAUUCUAUAGGAUUAAUUAAACCAAAAUAUGUAGAAAUUCACUUUAUUUCGGCAAUAUGUGAGAACUCAAUUUCUCAAAAUGCUUAUCUUCCCGGCUGUGUUUUAACAGCUUCUAAUGGGAAGACAAUAGAAGUUGGAAACACAGAUGCUGAAGGUAGACUCACUUUAGCAGAUGCCCUGGUUUAUUCAUGCAAUUUAGAAGUAGACAAAAUCGUUGAUUUAGCAACUUUAACUGGCCUUAGUAUGAGCUUUUUUUCUGGAAAAUAUGCUUCUCUACUUGGAAAUUCAGAUGAAUUUGUUAGUACUAUUGAAACAUCUGGUCAUCAUGUUGGAGAGAAAUUUUGCAAAUUACCACUAGAUACAGAUUAUAAAGAACAUAUCAAAUCUAAUAUUGCUGAUCUUAAUAAUAUGUGUGGAUCUGUAGCUGGAGUUAUAACAUCUACCUUAUUUUUAAGUGAAUUUAUUCGUGAAGGUACUUCAUAUGCUCACAUUGAUAUGGCUGGUUGUUCUGGGAAAGAGAAUGUUAGCAAUGGAUUUGGAGUAAAGACACUUAUUGAGUUAGCAAUGAGGCAUUCAAAUGAGGAAAUUCGAGUUACUUCUAAUAACAUAUGA